UGGACACAAGUACAAGAUAGGCGGAUCAAGUGACUUGUAAAAUUAAGAAGUGGACAAAUAUAUUCAGAUUUAAAAAAAAUUAUCAAAGAAUCCAGGCUGAUGAAACUCCUUUCAUGCUUUCUGGUUACCGACAGCAGUAACAUUUAGUUUACCAAACAGAGUAUAAACCACGAGAAUGUACAUCCUGUCUGUCAUUGGUCUCAGUAUUAGUCUUGUGUCUAUAAGUAUCAUCACGCAAAGAGCUGAAGCACAGAAUUGUUCUUACACAAACGUAGAGUCCUGUCGCUUAGCUUACAAUAGCGAGAAAACACAGGCAGCACAAGACAAGAACAAAAUAUGCAGUGCAGUAAAUAUCUAUCUGGAAUGUUUGAAUAAGGUUUCUACUGACUGUGGUGUGGAUGCGAGUCAGACCAUAACCGAAGCCAGAAAGGAUCUAUCCCAGUUCAGUUGUGUUUCCAAACCCUUCAGCCUUGCUCGUAAAAGUAAAAGGAAGAAAAAGAAGAAGAGUGGUGAUGACGAUGACAGCGAUUAUGAUUUUAGUGGUGCCGGAAGUAUUUUCCUCAACCUAGGUGUUAUUGGUUUAGGACUUACAUUUUAUACGCUUGUUUAGAUGCCAUAUUUUUAAACAUCAAUAUGAACAAACCACAGAUACAUGUAUUUAUUUACAAAACUGUUAAGGAUUGAAGUUCUCUACCUCCUUCUAAUUCACUUUGACACAUUUGCACUGAUUGGAUGGAUCGACUACAAAACGGACAAAUGUGCAAAAUCUUAUUUGGACGCUUGGAUAAUUUUUUUGGCUUAAUCUGUAAACAUAGAUUUCCGAAAAUAAAUGUAUUUAACAGUUA